GAAUGCAUUGCACAUUUGUUGAUCAUUUCAUUCUUCUCUUUACAUUAUUUGUAUCAUCUAAUAAUAAUAACGAAAGGUAAUAAAGAACUUUACGAACACUCCUUUCACAAAUGAAGUAUACCAGCUGCGUGCCAACAAAUGCUAAAUGACAAGGUGACACGGGCCUGAGAGAGGAUAAAGUACUUCAGGAAAACCCUGUCUGUUUUUUUUUGUUGCCCCCCUCCUUCCAAAGAAAUGCAUAUACUCCUAAUCCGGAACCCGCAAUUUUUAUAACCUUACGAAUCUGGGAGCCCAAACACACUGUUAACUCGGAAGCCCUAGAGGAGGGUCGUAACUAGUAAUCGGCUUCGUCUUCCUCGGGACUUCAUUUCAAAAAUCGGCAGUGAGGGUGCAAGGGCGCAGCGUUAAGUGAACGACAAGAUGCUGGCCUCCGCUGGGAAUGGGAUUCUGCGCUCCUGUCGUCUUACUCCAAGACCUAAACCUAAGCCUUUCGUCCCUCGUCCUUUCCUCCAAAUAACUACUAAAUCCAAAUCCACCCCCGUCACCCCUCGCAUGUCCUCCAAUUUCGACCCCACUCCGACGCCGGCUGCCGACCGCUUAAUCUCGGUGGUCUCUUACACCCUCCCAUUCUUCAAUUCCCUACACUAUGGCCGCUACCUCUUCCUUCAGUUCCCUAACCUGGGCCUUCUCUUCGAUCCCAUCCUUCCCCUUGUCGCCCUCUACAGGUCCAUCCCUUACUCCAGCUUCGUCGCCUUCUUCGCUCUCUACCUGGGCGUUGUCAGAAACCCUUCCUUCAGCCGCUAUGUCAGGUUCAACUCCAUGCAAGCCGUCACCCUUGACGUCCUCUUGGUGCUGCCCCUAUUGCUUCAGAGGAUUUUCACCCCCGGUCGCACCGGACUCGGCCUCCGCCUAAUGGUUUGGGCCCAUAAUGUCCUCUUCCUUUUCACUCUCGUGUGCUUCCUUUACAGCGUCGCAUCCUGUGUGUUGGGCCGCACCCCGCACCUCCCCUUUGUUGCCGACGCUGCUUCCAGACAAAUCUGAUUCUCAUCUGUUUGGUAUGCCCUUCUGGAAAUGAACGUUUCCGCGUUAUUCCGCGUUCCCUCUUUCCUAUUUCAAUCACAAAUUCACGAUGUUCUGGGAUUGAGAUUACAUUCAAUAUCAUGUAUGUUAUGCUAGUUGUUCACAAUUACGCCUUGGCGUCGAAUAUGGGUACAGAAUCUAAAGAUUGCAUGCCAUUGUUUCCGGUGUGACUGGCGAAAAGUAGUUUAAAUCGAUAACUUUGUUUUAUUACUUA